AUGGGACUUAUUUUCCAGUCAAACUCCCCCCAACCGUAUCAUCUCGAAGCUAUUGCUGAAGAAUUGGCUCAAAUCGGUGACGAAUUCUAUCAGGAAUUUGAAUAUGCAGAAGAACCCUUUUCUGCGCACGAAUUUCUGCAACUUCUGAACGAAGUUACUCAGCGACGUGGAUCUUCCACCAAUAACAUUGAGAUCAAGAUUUGGGAUUAUUGUCAGAUAUUCUGUCGUAUUUUCCCUGUGCGUUGGGCUAACAGUAGCCUGGUUCUACUGUCGGACGCGAUGACUGACUUGUUUACACCGAAUGGAGAUCGCUCCAUGGCACGUCUGUACGCUGAUCACGCACGUAAACGAGCGGUCGAUCGAGCAGUGAUGAUGAUAAGGAAAACAGAAGAAAUGAUCUCUGUUCCUCGUGGUUACGCGGCACCAAAGUUAAUACUCUAUGGCUCAAAUUUGGUACCAUUUCCACUCACUGAACCGUUACCUUCAAGCAGUCAUGGUCACCUUGGACGAAGACCAGCAUUUUACAUCAGAAAACGUUAA